CAUCUUCCCUCGCGGCCUGCCGGUUGCCCGGCGACGCACUUCCUCUACCCGCCCUAAGAUGGCGGCUGAGGUGGAUUUCGGCGACCGCGAGCUCUUCGAGCAGCUGGACGCCGACGAGCCCGCGGCGACGCCCGGCCCGGCCGCGCAGCCGCUCCACAUCCGCUUCGACGAGGAGACCGAGGAGCUGCGCGAGCGGCUGCGGGAGUGCCAGGAGACCGUGAAGGAGCUGCAGGCCGAGAAUCGUGAACUCAGAAGGAAACUGAAAAUACUGACACGACCAAGCGGACUUACAGUGGAUGACUCUAAAUAUGAUGGGCCUUUGUUACAGAUUUUAUUUAUGAACAAUACUAUUUCAAAGCAAUAUCAUCAAGAAAUAGAGGAUUUUAUAUCUAGUUUAGUUCAGAGAUAUGAGGAGCAGCAGAGAGCAGAACCUGACAAGACGUACUUCAAUGUUAAGCCACAGCCCUCUAGUUUUGUGCUGGAAGAUGACCAUAAAGUGACAUGCCCAAACCCAUCCAAAAAGAUGAAGGAAGCUUUUAGUGUUAUAGGGAGUGUGUUCUAUUUUACCAAUUUUUGUCUUGAUAAACUGGGGCAGCCCAUAUUAAAUGAAAAUCCUCAGCUCACAGACGGAUGGGAAAUACCCAAAUACCAGCAAGUUUUCACGCAGAUUCUUUCUCUAGAUGGACAAGAGAUACAAGUGAAGCCUAAAAGGCCAAAACCUCACUGCUUCAACUGUGGAUGUGAAGACCAUCAAAUGAAAGAUUGUCCGCAGCCACGAAAUGCUGCCCGUAUAAAUGAAAAAAGAAAAGAGUUCAUGGAGGCUUAUGGGGAAGCAAGCAACCAAAACUUCCAGCAGCGAUACCAUGCUGAAGAAAUUGAAGAAAGGUUUGGAAGGUUCAGACCGGGAAUAAUUAGUGAGGAGCUUCAGGAUGCGCUUGGUGUCACAGAGAAGACUCUUCCUCCCUUCAUCUAUCGGAUGCGGCAGCUGGGUUAUCCCCCAGGUUGGCUCAGAGAGGCUGAAAACGAAAAAUCUGGCCUAACUCUCUACGACGGUCAAGGUGAAAUGAGUGCAUCUCCUGGUGGUGAAACUGUGGUGGAAGAAUGCCUCCAACAGAAUCGGCAUGUCAGUUACGAUGUCUCCAAGUUGGUAAACUAUCCAGGUUUUAAUAUAUGCGCACCAAGUGGAGUCACAGAUGAAUGGCGGAUGUUUGGCUCUGUACCCAUGCAACCAUCUCAGCAGAAAGAUAUCUUUGCCCACUAUCUUUCUACCUAUCGCUCGGCAAGUCCGAAGUCCAGCCAUAAAAGGCCUUCACCUCACCAGGGCACUCAUAAUCCAAAAAAGCAGAAGAGAAACAAUACUGAAGUCUCACCAGCUGAUAUGGAGAUAGAUUCUGAUUUAGAAAUGCUGCAGGGUUCCCCACGUUACGAUGGCUUCCAGUUCCAGCCUCCGCUGCCUCCUGGGUCUCCAAUGAAUGCAACUCCUCCUCCUUUGCCCCGAGGUACCCCUCCUUGCACUCCCCCCAACUUUACCCCGCCUCAGCCACCUCCGUCCACGCCACCACCUCUUCCCCAAGGCACGUCCCCUUCUAAUACUCCUAAUGAUUCUGCUUCAGUGAGAAUAGAGAAUGAAGACACUUUGACCCUGGAAGAACUUGAGGAGCAGCAGCGCCUGAUAUGGGCAGCCCUCGAACAGGCAGACAGCGCCAAUAGUGACUCUGAAAUACCCGCGGGAACUCCUCUAACAGGAAACUCCGUUGCGUCAUCACCACUUAGAACCGAGUCAGAGGUUCUCCCAGAAGACACAACAUGUAAGACAUUGGAUGGGUCUGGUCCUGGCCCUUCAGAUGACACCGAGCUGAUACCCACAGCAGAACAGCCUGAACAGACAUUGGAUGCGUCUGGUCCUGGCCCUUCAGAUGACACUGAGCUGAUACCCACAGCAGAACAGCCUGAACAGACAUUGGAUGCGUCUGGUCCUGGCCCUUCAGAUGACACUGAGCUGAUACCCACAGCAGAACAGCCUGAAGAGAAACAGAGUUCAGCUGAUGAAAUGGUUGUUGACUUAACAGGAGGAGAAGAAGAAGAAGAAGGAGAACCACCCGGCCGGAUGGAUUUUGAAGAAGACGUUGCUGAGACCUGCCCCUCCGUCUCUGUGUGUGAAGUCAGCCAAGGGGAGGAGGGGGGCAGCUCUCCCGCGGUCAGCAGUAUGCAAGGGUCUUCUAAGAAUGCCAGCCCCGUCCCUGACAUGAGCAAGUUUGCUGAAGGGAUAACACCUUUUGAAUUUGACAAUAUGGCCGAAUCAACUGGGAUUUACCUCCGAAUAAGAAGUGUGUUGAAGAACUCUCCCAGGAAUCAGCAGAAGAACAAUAAGCCCCCCCUUUGAUCGCCCUGGUGGUCCAGUACAGCUGUGGAGGAACGAAACCGAGUCUGUCCCUGAACACGUCGAUGUUCCCCUGUGUUUUCUUGCCAACACCUAAGAACACUACCGCUCUGUUCUUCCGUAAAUGGUCCAGCACACAGGGCUUCCACUGGAGACAAAAGUUUCCACUCAUAGAUUAAAGAGUUAGUCCAACGUGUGUGGCAUUCACUGACGCAUCAGGAAGUGUGCUCUAAACAUCCGUUUCUCUUAAUGCUCUCUUUCGACUCGUGAGUUUCAGCAGCAACGGUGGGUUUUUGUCUGUGCUGUGCAAACCAAGGCUGUGCUUUUCAUGCCGAGCUUCUCGUCCUGUAGAUAAGCCUUCCUGCCAGUGGUUCUGAAGAGGUUCUAAACUUUUUAAGAGGCUCCCCCUCCCCCCCACCCCCAUUUUUAAAAUAAGAAAGAAAUUCUGGCGAUAGAAUGGGAAUAAUCAGGGAUUACUUGGCGAUUUGUCUCUACCGUUUUGGAGGAGUUUUAUAAAUAAUUUAAGCCGGUUGAUUUAUUUUUUUUUUUAGUGCCAUUUCUGCGUUUUUGUAACAUCGUCAGAUAUUUUGAACUUGCUGUACAUAUGUCUACGCCAGUGUACAGGGGUUUAAUAAACCAGAUUUUUUUUUCAUAAUUUGUGUACUUACCCAUUCAAGGGAACAGUAGAGAACCCGUUGUUAGAAAAUAAGCUUCUGUGAAUGUGAGAAUAUGACAGUUCACUUAUAUUACAGGCUUUCUUUGUACAGCAAUCUUUCUUCAUCACGUUACAGACCAAAAGCCACAUACAGAGGCUCUUGCACAGAGUAGAAAAGAGCCAGUGGCAUCUUAAAGACUAACAACA